GUAACACAUUUCAUCUUAGAUUUUGGUUGUAAACUGAUGCCUGUUGCCGCCUGGCCCCCCUCCUGCGCUUUCCUUCAAUAAACCGACGCAACGGAAUGAUAUAUCCAACAGUUAUUUAGCUUGGUUUCUUUAGCCAAACUAGUUCCUUUAUAUGGUGCUCCUUGGCAAACGCGAAGACAAAAGAAAACGUCCUUUAAUCUUUGAAAAUGCCUUUCAGUUAUGCUUCCGCGUCUCCCACUGAGAGGACUUUGUUGACUGGACAUAUUCAACAACAUGGCCGCCACCGUUUGAAGAACUGCCGCCAAGCGGUUCUGUGGAUUUCAGUUAUCUGGAUUUUCUUCAUAUACUUUUCGGCCGUCUUGCCACUCUUUCCAACGAAAACCACCGUUGGUUUGGGUAUAGUGGCAAGUCUGAUGAGCCUUCUAUUUCUGACAACAUUUUUCGUCACAAAACUGACCGACCCCGUCGAUCCGGUGUCUCGCAUUGGCAGUUCGAUGCCGGACGGAGAACCUGUUGAAUCGUCAGCACUUUUGAAAGUCGCCAUAAAAUACGACGAAGACCUUCGUUACUGCGCCAAGUGCGGCACUUACGUGUGUGGAUCGUCCUACCACUGCCCUAUCUGUCAGAAAUGUGUCCUCCUCUUCGACCACCAUUGUAUUUGGCUGAACAAUUGCAUCGGAAGUCGCAACUACGCCUGUUUCAUUAUUAGUUCCAGUUCAGCCUUCAUCCUGUCGGCUACAGUUUUCACCAGUACCCUGGUUAUUAUGUCAGAGCGUAUCCAUUCUAUCCUGCUAGUCGGUUGGUGGAAAUUUAUGUACCGUUACGCCACUGAGCGCAAUUCUUUACCCACCUUCGAAAUUCUCUUUAUUCGCUGUCGACCUGACGUCUGGUUAGCACUGGUAUGUGCCACCGAGAUCUUGGUUUUCGUUAUAAUGAUUCUCCUUCUGUGUUUGAUUAUUUUCCACUUUUAUUUGAUGUGCCACAACACGACCACGCUGGAGUACAUACGCCAGACACGUAACUACCCGGUUCGUGCUCUUUGGGAUACAUGAUAUGGUCGAAAAGAAAAUCCGAUACACGAAAGAUACAAGAUAUAUUGCUGUCAUCUUUUUCUUUGGCUCUGGUUUGUGUAUUUAUUCCUCUCUAAUAUUCCACACACACACAAUAAUUGUUGUUUCAGAUAAUUAAAACAAUUUAUCUCUUAAGAACUUACUUCUUUCGAUUUAACGAGGAACAACAUUAAAAUUUAUAAUACGGAAACCCUAAAACCAAAAUCCAGAUUUAAUUCCA